UCUUAACUGAAAAUUAAUACUCUCAAGCUCUUCAACAGCACGCACAGUCUGUCCGUCACUCAUAUUUCACUGCUACAAUCAAUCAAACACAGUAACUACAUUUGCGUUUUCUUAAUCUGUUCAACUACGUCCAACUCCUUCUCGUCUCGAUUCCACAGAUCUAUCAUUGCCAACAAGGACAAAUGAAUUGGACUUCCUAUAUGGUGGAUGGGUCACUUUGUGAAUGUUGAGGGAUAAAAUACCCGAGGCUUAUCAUCUGAAAGAAAUAGAUGAAAAUGUCUCCUGCUAGCAGGGCAGAUAAGAAGGCAGCUGCAGAUGCAGCCGCUUGGAUGUUCAAUGUUGUCACUUCUGUUGGGAUUAUCAUUGUCAAUAAAGCUUUAAUGGCUACAUAUGGCUUUAGUUUUGCUACAACAUUAACUGGUCUGCAUUUUGCUACAACAACCUUGAUGACGUCUGUUCUAAGGUGGAUGGGAUACAUCCAACCCUCUCAUCUACCCUUGCCAGAGCUUCUGAAGUUCAUUAUGUGUGCAAACUUUUCAAUUGUUGGAAUGAACAUUAGUCUGAUGUGGAACUCAGUGGGUUUCUAUCAGAUCGCAAAAUUGAGUAUGAUCCCUGUAUCAUGCCUUUUGGAAGUUGUAUUGGACAAAAUUCGAUACUCCAAAGACACAAAGCUAAGUAUUUCAGUUGUUCUAUUGGGUGUCGGUGUUUGCACAAUCACUGAUGUGAGUGUCAAUGCCAGAGGCUUCGUAGCUGCCUUUAUUGCAGUGUGGAGCACGUCUAUGCAACAGUAUUAUGUACAUCACCUACAACGGAAGUAUGCGUUAAGUUCUUUCAAUCUAUUGGGGCAUACUGCUCCUGCUCAGGCUGCAACGCUUCUCUUGAUAGGCCCAUUUCUUGAUUAUUGGUUAAUAGGCAAAAGAAUCGACACCUAUGACUAUCAAACAGCUUCGGUGGUAUUCAUAAUCCUAUCAUGCACGAUUGCAGUAGGUACAAACCUCAGCCAGUUCAUCUGCAUCGGCAGAUUCACAGCCGUAUCAUUCCAAGUAGUUGGUCAUAUGAAGACAGUCCUUGUGUUGUUCAUGGGAUUUGUCUUCUUCGGAAAAGAGGGUCUCAAUUUGCAGGUAGUUCUGGGUAUGAUCAUUGCCGUAAUUGGAAUGAUCUGGUACAGCAACGCCUCAACGAAGCCUGGUGGAAAGGAGCGUCGCAGCCACUCGCUUCCAAUAACAAAACAACAAAAAACAGAUUCUGCUGAACAUGAUGACAAAGUCUAAUUAUUUAUACAGGAGAGAUAACUUGAGCAUACGAAGGUAGGUGAUUUCAGGAAAGUAUUAUUAUAAUCAUUCUUGUUCAUCAUUUGAGAUUAGAGAUCCAACCCUCUCAAUUCUAAUUUAUCUUAUUUCUUCUCGAUUCUGUAAUUGUUAGUUUUUCGGCAUUUGUGUUGAAUCCCAUCAAGGGGGAAAAAUAUAUUCUUGUUUAGGAUUUUAGGUUCCCUACAAACUUUGCUUCUGCUUGAGCAUCAAAAGGUACGAUCACUGUUAUUCUUUUUUCAAUUUUAAUAAUUUCCAUACGUA